CAAGUUUAUUAUUUAUUACCAUGGCACCUUCUUUAUGCGCAGGUUGCGAGACGGUGAUCGACGAAGGAUCGGUGAUUGCCUUUGGAAAUUCGCUGUUUCACCUUAAAUGUUUUAUCUGUGCAAAAUGCUCCGAAACAAUCGAUUGUGAAUCAAAUUUAUUGUUAUUAUCGAAUGGAAAACCUGUAUGUGAAAAUUGUUCUUACAGCUGCAAUGUGUGCAAGCAAGUGAUAAAGGAUGAGGCCAUCAUGACGGGCAAUGAAGCUUAUCACUCAGAGUGCUUUCGGUGUGUAUCAUGCAAGGAGAAGAUUGAAGAUUUAGUAUUUACUCAAACUAGCAAGGGUAUUCACUGUGCACCAUGCCAUGAGAAAAGAAAGCUUGAAAAGCAAAAGAGAAGAGAAAAGAAGAGACAGGAUCAGAUGGAGCAACAAAAAAUGCAUGCAAAGCAUCCUCCUCCCCCUACACCAUCACGUUCACGAAGCAAUUCAGCAGAUAUGCCAAUGAAAUUGCGUUUAAAUCAGCCUACACCUUCUCGCUCCGACAUUGUUACUAAGUCUUCACCCAAUUCACCUCUUUCUUCUGUCGGUAGCACUUCAUCCAACACCAUGAAAUGGGACGCAUCAGAGAUGCUCUCUUUUUCCUUUUUUGAGAAUGAAUCUGCCGAACUGUUGAACCUAACCAAGAAGCUAGGCGCUAAUAUCAUGUUGGAUUUUUCACAAGAUACACCCACGACCAACAGCAACAUCACACGAGCAUCUCAAUAUCUGGAAUCUUCGCUCGUGGAUAUCCCAGAGGCACCACUUCAAAAAAUGCAUGAGGAUAUCGAGGCUUCCUACGCCAAGAAGCUAACUGAUCUGCAGCAAAACUAUCAAAAGAUCAAAGACGCCAGUCGAAAGGCCCUGGACGAACUGACAAGGGCAAAAGAAGAGUUUACAAAGGAGGUGGCUCUUCGUCAACAGCAUGAAUACACAAUCUCUCAGCUCAGACACCAAUUGACCAUCUUUGCUCAAUCAAAAAAAUCGACUCGCUCUGAACUAGCCGUGAUCACAAAAGAAGAGGUCGAAAGAGUAGCCAAGCUGCGUGCUGACUUGGACAAGACAUGCGACGAACUGAAAUCGUAUCGAGACGUCUUAUUAGCCGAGAUCAACUCAUUGGUAGCAAAGGCAGCGGCAGUUGGUUCAGAUCUAAAUGUUGAGAAGUCGAUAGUAUCAACCGAAGUCGAAUCACUCCAGCAAGAGAGAAACCAUUUGAGACAAGAUAUAAAAUCACUAGAGUCUGUGAGAGACGACGUGCUACACGAAAUGAUCAUGCUCAACACCAAAAAUGCACAACUGACAGAAAUCAAUAAUGAUUUAUCCCGAAGAAUGUCUGAACGAGAAAAGGAAGCAGCGGCGGUGAUGGCAGGAACAUCAUUCAUCCAUUUUUCACCUUCACCCAGUCUCUCGUCCGAAACGAGCUCAGUUACUCCCAUGCAACGAAAAUCAUCAGAGAACAGCAUCUUUAACAAUCGAAAACUGACGACAAGCCCAGAACCCAAGCCGGGAUUCAAGUUGAAGAAGACCAUGUUCUCGAAACUAAGUGGGAAGAAUAAAGAUCCUGCCGUCGCAAUUUAUGGCCAAAACCAUUUUUCGAGUAGCACCUUCAGUUUGCAUCCGUAUGACAAGCGAGACGUUAAGCCAUCAAAGCAGUCUCAGGAGAACAUCGUACAGCAUGGGUCGCACAGCUUCCAACCCACUUCCUUCUUGAGGCCAACCAAAUGUGAUGGAUGCGGAGAGACGCUCUGGGGCCUGUCUGAGCUCAGAUGUGCUGGGUGUCUGUGCGCAACUCAUGCUCGUUGCUUGCCUCAUGUACCUGCCAUGUGCUACUCAACAAGCUCACUUGAAUUAAACUCUACAGAUCUUGAACUGAACAAUAACUGUAGCAACAAUCGGGCGUCGUCAGGUAGUUCUCUCUUUGGCAACGACUUGUGCACCAGAGCACAACAAGAGGAGAAACCCGUACCAUCUAUUAUUGUACAGUGCAUACAAGCAGUUGAAAAGCGAGGUAUGGAUUAUGAAGGCAUCUAUCGAAAAUCAGGUGGUGCGACUCAGAUGAGGCUCAUUCAACAAUCGUUUGAAUCGGGUGAAAAUCCGAUUGAUUUGGAAGACAAUGAACUUAUUAAUGAUAUUUGCUCGGUGACAAGUAUUCUGAAACAGUAUUUCAGAGAGUUGCCUAAUCCUCUAUUAACCCAUCAACUGUAUUCAAAGUUUAUUGACGCCGUCUCUGUCACUGACCUACAAGAAAAACUGGAUAGAUUUUAUGAACUGUUAUCACAAUUACCCAAGGUCAAUUAUGACACAUUGGAACUAUUGAUGAAGCAUCUGUACCGUGUUCAAGAGCAUCAUAAUGAAAACUUAAUGACGAUCAAGAAUUUGGCAAUGGUCUUUGGACCUACACUGAUGCGAGAUACAGAUGCAAGUAGAGAACUUACAGACAUGAGCUAUAAGAACGCAGUGAUUGAAUUUUUGAUUACUCACGUACACAAACUCUUUAAUGCCUAAUUACUUUUAUUAUAAACCUUGUAAUAAUAUAUACCUUUUGUUAUUCCCUCUCCCUCUCUCUUUUUUUUUUCUCAUAAAAAAAUAGAGAUAAUAAUAAAAUAUCUCCUUGUAAUAAUCAUCAUUUUGUCGUUUUAAUGACAGG